AUCCCUUCCCACUCCACCAGCGUAGCGUCGAGUUGCUCGAGGGUCAGCCGUGCGGAGCACCUCAGAUAAUCGGUGCAGCUCACCGCGUUCGCACGUCCGUCGACCAAAAGAGCGCGACCGGGGGACGUUUCUUUUACUCUGAUUUCGUGAAUUUUCAACGCGCCGCCAUGUCGGUCCUGGCCGCGUCGUUCGUCCUGGUGACGCUGUGCACGCUCCUUUACGCCUUCAUCCGCUACCGCCUGUCCUACUGGCAGCGACGCAAGGUGUUCUUCGUGCCGCCAAGCGCACCGCUGGGCAACUACGGCCCCUGCUUCCUGGGCAAGAAGGGGCUCUCCGAGACCAUGGCGGGCAUCUACCGCGAGCACCGCGACGAGCGCUACGUCGGCACGUACUUCUUGCUCACGCCGCUGCUGCAGCUCCACGACCCGGAAAUCAUCCGCCAGGUCUUCAUCAAGGAGUUCCAGGACUUCAACGGGCGCGGCAACUACUGCGACCCGGAGGCGGACCCGCUGUCCGGCCACCUCUUCAUGCUGGGCGGCCAGCCGUGGCGCAACAUGCGCGUCAAGCUGAGCCCCACCUUCACCACGGGCAAGAUGCGCUCCAUGUUCAACACCAUCAGCGAGUGCGCCGGCUUCCUCCGCGAGCACAUCGAGGCCUCCAUGAAGGCGGCCGGCGGCGGCUACGAGGAGGACGUCCGCGAGCUGGUGGCGCGCUUCUCCACCGACGUCAUCUCGUCCGUGGCCUUCGGUAUCGAGAGCAAUUCGAUGAAGAACCCCGACUCCGAGUUCCGGCGCAUGGGCCAGGCCGUGUUCGACCCCUCCCUCGAGGUCAACAUCCGCACCCUGCUCACCUUCUUCGGGCGCGACAUCAUGAAGGCCUUCAGCAUCCGCUCGACGCCCGGCGCCAUCCACGACUUCUUCACCCGCAUCGUGGACGAGAUGGUGUCCUACCGCGAGACCAACAAGGUGGAGCGCGCCGACAUGCUCAACCUGCUCAUCAAGCUCAAGAACGACGGCUUCGUCCCCCCGGACAACUCCACCGACGAGAAGGAUAAAAGCGCUGACGCGACCCCAGACGCGAAGCAGAAGCUGACGAUGAAGCAGAUAACAGCGCAGGUCUUCGUCUUCUUCGUGGCCGGCUACGAGACCACUUCCACGACCACGUCCUUCACCCUGUACGAGCUGGCCAAGCACCCGGACAUCCAGAAGAAGCUCAUCGAGGAGGUCGACGGCGUCAUGGCCAAACACAACGGGCAGCCCACCUACGACGCCAUCAUGGAGAUGCCCUACAUGGAGAUGGUCAUCCAAGAGACCAUGCGGAUGUACCCGCCCGUGCCGUUCCUGACCCGCGAGGCCAACGUGAAGCGCACGCUGCCGCUCACGGACCUCACGCUGGAGAAGGGGACGACCCUCAUGAUCCCCGUCAUCGGGCUGCACCACGACCCGCAGUACUGGGAGGAGCCGGACCGCUACAACCCUCUGCGCUUCACCGAGGAGGCCAAGAAGGCUAGGCCCAACAUGGUGUACAUCCCCUUCGGGGACGGCCCUCGCAUCUGCAUAGGUAUGCGCAUGGCGCUGGUGCAGGUGAAGAUAGCCCUGUCCACCAUCCUGAGCAAGGCCACGGUGACGCUGGCCCCCGGCAUGCCCAGCACGCCCAGGAUGUCCCCUCGCACUGUAGUGCCCACCCCCAUCGACGGCAUCAGGCUCACCCUCACGCCGCGCAACUGAGCCGGUUCCUCACACUCUCAGACUCGCUACGCAGUAAAAACUCUACGAAGAGUCGUUUCGUAAUACGAAGAAAAUGAAGGCAUUGUAAAAUUUACGAAGAAAUGCUUCGUACUAUGAAGCAAAAUCCUUCGUAAUACCAAGCAUUUCUUCAUAAUACGAAGAAAUCCUACAAUGCCUUCAUUUUCUUUGUAGUUAUGAAGCAAAUGCUUCGUAGGCUUUUAAGAGAGUACACGAUAAAAUGUUUUUUGCACACAUUUUGUACGAGACAUCAGUUUUUGGUGCACAUGGGCUUUUCUUACAAAUACUUACGCGACUUAGCACAAAGGGGAAAUAAAUACAGUUUUUCGUGCUAAAUUUGUGCGAAAAAUUCGUGUGCACGAAAAACUGCGAUGUGUCGUACAAAAUUGUACAUAAUAUUUAGUGUGUACACAUGGUGUACAUUAGUAUACAUGAUAUUGACAUUUUGUCGACAACACUGUGCAAUAGUAAUGAGUACUUUUCGCUAUUGUUAUUAUUAUUAUCUGCAUUUUUGUUAGUACUUAUUUAUGAUGAAAGCUACAAAAUGAUUUUAUGAAGUAAAUUGCAUGUAUAGUACCUAAGAAGAAAAUACCACCUAUUAUUGUUGGAGGCUAUAGUACCUGGUUACUGACGAUAAAGUCAAGAAGAGGCUGAGGAUGCACACUUCCGUCAUCCGAAGGUCGUCUGAAGACCAUCCCCUCGAAAUCGUUCAGACCUCGUUCAAAUAAUUGCAUAAAUUGUUGAGUUUAAUAGUUGUUGCGAAGAAAAGGCUAAUUAGUAGUGCACUAGAGUGCAAACCAUAUCAAUAUUAAGACUGUGAUAUAUCAGUAGUGUGCAAGUGCAAGGUCCCUCAGACCAACCCAUUACUCGUUAGGUUACACAUGAAUCUGGCGACGUACCUGAAAGGCUAUCUAAAUGCAGCUUGUUUGGGAUUCUCUGUAGAUACAUGUUACGAGUUUUUUAAAUACACAAAAUGUUUAAAAUCAACAAUAA